CGCACCUAAUAACACGGACGAGCUCGUCCCUCGUCUUAAACUCGUUGGCUUUGCAAUGGCCGUGUACCCCGCACAGCUCACUACAGAGGAGAAGAACCUGAAGAGGAGAUAUGCUCGGCUUCAAGAGAAGAGGAAGCUACUGAAGAAGAGAAGCGAUAAGACGGAGAAGGACGAGGGAGAUCCAGGGCCCUCAGGGCUACCCAUCAAGCAAUCCCCAACAAAAGAUGGACUGAACCCGAAGGACGCCAAGGAAGUUGCCAAGAAAUUGCUAAUGGCUGGAAAAUUGACAAUUCAAAAGCAACCAACUAGAAAAACGGGUUUCAAGCGAGUUGGAGAACUCCCUGGACAGGCUCCAUCAAAACCAAAGUACGCAGCGUCCGACGUGAAAAAGUUGUACAACAGAUUUAUUCCCUCAUCCAGACCAGAUGACUUGGAGAGGAUUCCAAAGAAACCUGAAACGCCCGAAACAUCGCAGAGUCACAGAGAACCGGAAGUGAAAUCUUUCACGGCCAAAGAUUGCACGGUGUACGUACGAUGGGAGACAGAUAGGAAAAAGUCUCCUGGACUGACGGAAGACGCUCUGAGAGUGGCUUUUGGAAGAUUUGGGUCCAUACAGACCGUCCUCAUGAGAUCUCCUGAGGAAGGUGGUCUAAAGACUAAAGAGAGUUCGUUUUUGACUUUUGAAACUCCUCAACUUGCAACGACGGCUAAGAAAGAGAUGGACGGAGGGAUGAUUCGUGGCGUGGACGUGUGGGUCAGCAAUGCUAGCGACGAGAACGGAUACGUGGAGCUGACUCCAGAGGCAGCUACCAACCCAUGGGCUGUGAUAGCCGCAGACAGAGAUUCCUCACACAACAAGCAAGAGGCAAAACUGAAAUCAAAAAGAAGUGUGAAGGUCUAUGGACCGGCAGACUUCUAA